GUCAAACUGGCUAGGGAGGUGGAGGGACGCUAGGGGUGUUCUGCCUCUAAUUUUUCCCUUAAUAUCAUCACUACGGUCCCCCUUAAACACCAAUUAUCAUCUACAACUACAGUUUAAUACCGGUAACAGGAGCAGAUGACCGUACCAGAACAUGCCCAAAAGGACAACACAAUGGCCGUCGAGAUCAAGGUUUUGACCCUAAAUGUUUGGGGCAUACCUGGUGUAUCGAAGGACAGAGAGGUUCGCAUAGAAGCCAUUGCGAACCAGCUCGUGACGGGACCAGAUGAAUUCGAUUUUGUUUUUCUUCAAGAAGUUUGGUGUGAGGCGGACUACUUUUUACUGGCCUCGAAGGUCAACAAAGUACUGCCCUUCAGACACUACUUCGCCAGCGGUGUCAUAGGGUCGGGGAUGUGCAUCUUCUCCCGCUCGCCACUCACCGAGGUCUAUUUCCACAAGUUCACGCUCAACGGCUUCCCCCACAAGAUCACCCACGCUGACUGGUGGGGCGGCAAAGGAAUGGCUGUGUGCAAGAGUACCCGGCAUGGCAUACCCUUCGUCCUGGCCACCACCCAUCUUCUAGGAGUGUACCACAAUACCUGUAAAGGUCUCACAGCGCAUCUAUGUAAAUGUUCAAGAGGAAUGCAGAAUGAUGAGGAGCGCCCCAUAGUAAACAAAUUUCACGCAGAGUACAACAGGAAGAAUGACGAAUACGUGCAUCACCGCGUCGUGCAGGCUUUCGAGACGUCGCAGCUCAUUCGUUUCUGUCAGAAGGCCGGAAGUGUCCUCAUAUUUGCCGGGGACUUCAACUGCACGCCCACGGACUUUGCCUACAGGAUAGUCAAGUUUUACGGCAACCUGGUCGACACUUAUACCGAGAGCCCUGUUAAGACGCCAGGAUCCAACGGGGAAACCAACGAGACGCCGUCAAAUAGCUACACUAACGUUAAGGCGCUUAUAGAUAACCCCAGCGGCAACAGGAUCGACUACGUGUUCUACCAAGCGUCUGCAAGUCACAAGGUUAAAACCAAAGUGUGUGACCAGCCUUGGCCUCAAAAGGUUCCACAAAAGGACUUCAGUUUCUCUGACCACGAGGCUGUCCGCACGAUUCUCACAGUCACCCCGGCCAAAGACGACGAAAACACAGAGACAAUCACCGAAGUCCAGGCGCAGACCGACGCCCUCCUGGAAAGUUCGGCGGUGUGCGAACAGGGGAUGAAGAAGGUGGCUGUCAGUCGCAGGUUUUAUCUCAUGCUGUCGGUCCUCCUGACGGUGUUACAGCUGGGAUACCUGGUCGUGCUGUCGCUGGAUAUCUCCCCUUGGUUACGUGUCGGCCUGGGUAUACUGUCAUUAGUAUCGAUGUCAUUCCUGUUGUAUUUCCUCUUCAUGGGGACGGUGUUUUACCACGUAGAGUUCAACGGCGUGAAAGCAACUAAACUAGCGAUUAAACGUCACCUGGAAAUGUUAACGGAGAAAAACGCCCAGAUUUUCGAAGAGGAGCGGAAAAGGUCGUUAUCCUUAAUUAAGUGACUAAAAGUUUCAGUGUUGGGAGGCGUGAUGACCCCCCCACAGUGAUAUAAUACUGAGCUCAAAAAAAUAGUUGGUUAGUCGUAGUGAAUCAUAGUUAAUAAAUAAAACAAUAAAUCUUCCCCGCAGAUAGCACGCGUGACAAUAAUAUCGUGAUAAGAGUUUGUUUACUCUCUUUCUUUAUCUCGAAUUAUUUUUUGGUCUACGGAACACGGCUGCCCAAGAGUCGCACCCAAUUGGGAUUUUAAUUAAUAUGAGGAAAAAUCAUAACGUCAAAUGUGAUACAAAUAUGAAAUAUAAUGUAAUAAGGAAAAAUUAUAUUAAAUGUACGAUUUUUCGAUCCUCAGCUCCAUAACAACUCUCUAUUGAUCACAAGCUUUAGUAUCACCACGCUACUGACCGAUAAUUCUGACAUUUAUUAGAAUUUUCCGUAUAUAAAUUUUGUCGAUUUUAUUUUUGUAAUACGUUUGUCGUGGAUUAUUAAUUAAAAUACCUCGGUGAUAUACAGGGUAGUUACUAACGCCACAAACGAGGCUAUUUGUUAUUUAGGCCUCCAAGGAUCACCUGAAGACCCCCCCCCUCCCCCGAGCUUAACCAACCUUAAGUUUAACCCCUAAAUGCUCACCUGAAGAUUAGUUCCCUAAAUGCUCACCUGAAGAUUAGUUCCCUAAAUGCUCACCUGAAGAUUAGUUCCCUAAAUGCUCACCUGAAGAUUA